UUUUCAGUUAAUAAUAUCCCCCGAGCUUCAAAGCGCAGCCAGUGACAGUCAUCUGUCUGGACGCGCUGGGUGGAUGCGGGGGGCUCCUGGGAACUGGGUUGGAGCCGAGCUAGCGCUAGCCAGGCGCAAGCGCGCACAGACUGCAACCACCCGAGGACCACCCCCCAGGCCACCCGGAGACCCCCGCUCAGAAUCGCCUCUGGAUCCCCGGCAGCCGGCGGGAGAUGAUGAAGAUGACGAAGAGGAAGACGAGGAGGAGGAAAUUGACGUGGUGACCGUGGAGAAGCGAAGGUCCUCCUCCAACAGCAAGGCCGUCACGACCUUCACCAUCACCGUGCGGCCCAAGAACGCAGCCCCGGGCCCGGGGAGGGCCCAGUCCGGGGAGCUGAUUCUCAAGCGCUGCGUCCCCAUCCACCAGCAGCACAACUACGCCGCCCCCUCCCCCUACGUGGAGAGCGAGGAUGUGCCGCCCCAGAAGAAGAUCAAGAGCGAAGCAUCGCCCCGCCCCCUCAAGAGCGUCAUCCCCCCGAAGGCUAAGAGCUUGAGUCCCCGCAACUCUGACUCGGAGGACAGCGAGCGCCGCCGGAACCACAACAUUCUGGAACGCCAGCGCCGCAAUGACCUGCGGUCCAGCUUCCUGACGCUCAGGGACCACGUGCCAGAGCUGGUGAAGAACGAGAAGGCCGCCAAGGUGGUCAUUUUGAAAAAAGCCACCGAGUACGUCCACUCCCUCCAGGCCGAGGAGCAUCAGCUUUUGCUGGAGAAGGAGAAGUUGCAGGCAAGACAGCAGCAGUUGCUAAAGAAAAUUGAACACGCUCGGACUUGCUAAACGUUUCUCGAAACUGGACAGUCACUCUGCCACUUUGCACAUUUUGAUUUUUUUUUUUUUUUUAAACAAACAUUGUGUUGACAUUAAGAAUGUGGGUUUACUUUCAAAUCGGUCCCCCUCCCCGUCGAGUUUGGAUCUGGGUGGGGAGCAGGACAUGUGGGGUUCUGCCGGGACCUCGGGAGAGGGCCCGCAUGAUGGGAUGCUGGGUGGCCCUUGCAGUUUUCCUCCAUGUCACCUCCGAGACCGCGGUCGAAGUUCGUGACAGUUGGGAGCCUCUGGGCUGUUGAAGUCACCUUGUUUGUUCCAAGUUUCCAAACAACGGAAAGUCAUUCCUUCUUUUUUAAAAUGGUGCUUAAGUUCCAGCAGACGGUCACGUAAGGGGUUUGCCAUUUGAUAACCCCUGGGGAACAUUUCUGUAAAUACCAUUGACACACCCGCCUUUUGUAUACGUCCUGGGUAAUGAGAGGUGGCUUUUGCGGCCAGUAUUAGACUGGAAGUUCAUACCUAAGUACUGUAAUACCUCAAUGUUUGAGGAGCAUGUUUUGUAUACAAAUAUAUUGUUAAUCUCUGUUAUGUACUGUACUAAUUCUUACACGGCCUGUAUACUUUAGUAUGAUGCUGAUACAUAACUAAAUUUGAUACUUAUAUUUUCGUAUGAAAAUGAGUUGUGAAAGUUUUGAGUAGAUAUUACUUUAUCACUUUUUGAACUAAGAAACUUUUGUAAAGAAAUUUACUAUAUAUAUAUGCCUUUUUCCUAGCCUGUUUCUUCCUGUUAAUGUAUUUGUUCAUGUUUGGUUCAUAGAACUGGGUAAAUGCAAAGUUCUGUGUUUAAGUUCUUCAAAAUGUAUAUAUUUAGUGCUGCAUCUUAUAGCACUUUGAAAUACCUCAUGUUUAUGAAAAUAAAUAGCAAUUAAAUGA